UCAACUUCUCAGAGUUCUACUAUGAGUUCAUCAUUCUACUUAUACCAGAACUCCUAGCUCAGCAUGUCCAAGGUCUUUAGUUAAACAACAGAUUUUGUCAUUGCCUGCUAGGACAUUCUAAAUUUUAAUGCUUCAUUCACCUUUAGGAUUUUGAAGAAGACAUAGCUGAGCUUGGCACGCUGGGAAAAGAAAACCUACAAAGACGGCACUCUCGUUUUGCGGCUGCUUAGGGAUCUUGAGGAAGGGUUGGGGAGUGGUAUCAUACCACUGGUAUGGAACAUGUUUCCACCACCAGAUUUCAAUCUCAAGAUGACCUUAACCUUAUCUCAAGACUGAAAAAGUUAUUGAAUUUGUUUAUGAUGAUUAUGUGCACUGCUUGUUGAUUUGUCUACUCUUAUCAAAAAACGUCUAAAACUAUGUUCUCUAAAAUUUGUCAUCUCUUGACUUUGCUCAAGCCUUGAAAACCUCUUUGACUCUUCUACGAUCUGCUCUGGUUCUAGUUUGAAACAAACAAUCUAAGGUCUCCUUUAAAGUUAGAAACUAACACGCUAAGGUCUCCUCUGGUUCAAGUUAGAAACCAACAAUCUUGGUCUCAUUGUUUUUGGGGUGAAUAUAGUAAUAAUUAACUUCUUUCUGUAAAUAUAAUAAAACCAGUCAAAGUCCAAGCAACACAAUUUAUGUAGCAUAGAGCGACCAUAAGACGUGCACACACACAUGCAACUAUGCAAGAUUCGAGGUGAGAAUCAAAAGAAGUCGAAUCUCAUUGCACAAAGAGAUGCAAAACAUCAAAAUUGUACUUGGACCACUUUGUCUGCAUUGCAUGCAUGAAACGAUAUAUUAAAUAGAACACAGUCUUUGGUCUAUUUCUGCGACAUACAUAAUUGUUUUCUCAUAUAUUACUUCAACUUUUCAUUUCUCCCACCAAUCUUUUCAGAGAAAGAUACUGUAAACAUUAAAAACUAAGAACCAAAGUUGCUCGCUCACACGUGAUUCCAGUCCACCUCCACUACAAAGUUAUACAAAUUGUUGUCAAGUUGAAAGUUAUAUUUGAUUAAUAGAUAUAAAACCUUGAAAUGAAUACUUUUUAGCUAGGGGCAUCAUUCUUUUGUAAGAAACCCACCGAUCUCUUUUCUUUUGUUAGGGUGUUCGCUUUACUUCCUUGUUUUUUACUGCAAAUAAACAUUGUGAUGCAGAGAGGACCGUAGCCAAAAAAAACCUUGAGAUUAGACUAGAGUGUAAUGUUAUAACCAAGUGUUCAUACCUCAACCAAAAGGUAUCAAUCAAGACAAAGUUUAGAAGUCAUAGAAACGAGCAAGUCGAACAAAACUAUUAUUACAUAUGGAGCGAAACUAAUAUACACAACAUGUUUUUGGGAUUAGGAAGAUUAUAUAUGUGACGACCUAGAACCUUAUGAUAAAAUAAAUUAUAGUGCAAUGUUGUCUAGUCACAUGACAUGAUGAUAAUCAGAGGUUGUGAAAAAUGUGGAGAGGUCUGAGACGAAUAGCUUUUGUAGUCCACUAACCAAUAAAAGUUACAAUUACAAGCCUUUUUCGAAAUAUAGUGGUGAAAGAGAGAUUCGAAGUUCAUUUAAUCUCAAUGAUUCACAAUCUAUGGGAUUAAACAUUCGCUGCAUCUUCAGAUUAUUUGAAUUGUUAUACAUUUUGGUAUUAAAAAAUCUAAAAAAUAAGAGCAACCAUUAUUAUUUUUUCACAUCCAUUUUCCAAAUUUAAAAUAAAAAUAUUUGUUUCCAUGCUAAUUUGAAUUUUCUCCAUCACAUUUCAAUCUCUUUACUCUAAAGCCACAUCUUCAUCUAUAUAUCAAUAAUUUAUCCUCUCUGUCUUUUGUUUUAUCUCUUCUGACCCCCAAAAACAAUCUCAAAGUAAAACAAACAAAGAAGAACAAAAUAAAAUAAAAACAGAGACAAAAUCUCUUUUUCAGUUCAUUAUCUCUUAAUACUAUAAAAACGAAAAAAAACUUGUAAACAGAUCGGAAAAAGGCAACCUCUAUAAUGUCAGAAAUCGAAAGAUCGAGUUUUGAUGAUGAGAACUCGAUUACAUCUUACCGAACAUCGAUCCUUCAAAUGGGUUUUCCAUCGGAGGAGGACGAAGAGACAAUCAGAGAGAUGAUCCACAAAGAGAGGCAACACUCGCCGAGAGAUGAUUACUUAGAGAGACUGAGAAGUGGUGAUUUGGAUUUAAAUGUCAGAAACCAAGCCCUUGAUUGGAUUCGGAAGGCAUGUGAGGAACUUCGGUUUGGACCAGUGUGUAUAUGCUUAGCAGUUAACUACUUGGAUCGUUUCUUAUCUGUUCAUGACUUGCCUAGUGGGAAAGCAUGGGCUGUGCAGUUGUUAGCUGUGUCUUGUUUAUCCCUGGCUGUUAAAAUCGAGGAUAUUAAAGUUCCAGAGUUAAUAAUACAUCUUCAGGUUGGAGGAGAUCCUUGGUUUGUGUUUGAGGCUAAAUAUGUUCAAAGAAUGGAGCUUUUGGUGUUGAACGUAUUGAAAUGGAGGUUGCGAGCCGUGACGCCGUGCUCUUACAUUAGAUACUUUUUGAGUAAGAUCUAUGGCUAUGAUCAAGAACCAUCUAGCAGACUGAUCUCCAGAUCACUACAAGUGAUAGCUAGUACAACCAAAGGUAUUGACUUUUUGGAGUUUAGAGCUUCAGAGAUUGGUGCUGCUGUUGCACUUUCUGUUUCUGAAGAACUCCAUAAAUUACAGUUUGACAAAUUCUCCUUCUCUUCCUUAUGCCCACACCUUGAUAAGGAGAGAGUGAAGAAGAUUGGUGAAAUGAUAGAGAGAAAUGGGUCAGCUUCAUGUCCACAGACACCACCCAAUAAUAAUGCAGUCUUACAAUUUAAGACUCUUUCUACUUCUUCUGUUUCCUCCUCUCUCACUUCUCUUUCUUAAUUUCUCUUUUACCCCCUUUUUAAAAUUGUCGCAGUUGAAAUUUUGAUAAAAUAAACCAACAAACAAAGAAUUUGCGGGAUUACUUAUAAAUAAUAAACGUGAAAAUGUGUUUUUUUAUUUGUGGAACUAUGAGAUAUAUUUAA